AGGAAAUGCUGUAGACGAGUUGAGGAAACGGGCGCUUGCGUACCAUCAGCGCAUGUUAGCCUGAAAAGUCAAACAACAUUAUUGUACAAUAAUUUCUGAUCGCCACAGGAUUUAAAAUUGCACUAAUGGAUGUUAUUGGACCAACAGAGAAAUUAAAUGACCAAAGCCUGCCUCUUCCAUCUCUUCGCCUCCUGGUGCCCCCAUUGCAGCUCCUCUCUGCAGCUAUGUGGCAGCUGGCCAAGCAGAAAGAUGUGAUGAACUACGAGAGGCUCCAGGAGUUUGUGCUCAUGGUGACUGAGGCUGUCCCUGGACUCAUCAACCACAGACAGAGAGCUCAGUUAAUCCUGGGUCUCAGAGCGAGGUUGAUUUUGGAGCUUUGCAAAGGCUCAAUUCGGGGUUCUGUUGAUUCUCAAGCGAUACAGAGCUGCUUGGAAAGACUACCUAUGACCCCUACACAGACAGAUUACAGGGAUGCAGAAGUGAAGACAACAGAGGCCACCUUUAUCGCACUUGUUCAGAGUCUGCUCAAAGAUCCAGUUGAGAGAGCAUAUUUCUUCCAGGAGGUGUUUCCAGUAGAAUAUGGACCACAGUAUGAUGCUGCUCUUCAUGUGUUACUGUGGGAGCUGCUGUCGAAGCUGGAAAAGCUGCUCCCAGUCCCAGACUUGAAACAGACUGCAGCAUGGCUCGGCGCUGCGCCUUCUGUUUUAGAGGAAUGUGUUAAGUCGUCACCUGAAGAGCUGAGCUCCAUCUUUAAACACUACAAGGGGUUAGGACUGCUGAAAAUGCCAUAUGGCCCAUCAUCCACCAUCGGCAGCUGCAUCAUGUCCGCGUUGUCUAUUCCUCCGUCACAGAAGACAAACAUCUCUGUUGGACUCGAAUCAAUCCACAACUAUGCCAACGUGCUGAACCCCGUCACUUUUGUGGGAGCAGAGCAGUACAGUGUUGUAGCCGUGUACACUGAAGUGGAAGUUGGAGCGUCUGAAGCCCACGAGGAAUUGGUCGAGUCUGCGGAGGUGCAGGUUCAGACGGACUUCUAUGAAGAAGAGAUCGUGGCCAUGAGCGCGGAGAACACCUGCAGUGAGGAGGCCAGCAGCUCGAGGGCAGAGGACACGAGCGAAACAGCGGAUGUCGCGAAAGCUCUGGAGACUCUGGCGAAAACAUUUGCGCUCAGGAAGGAGAGUCUCAGUCAGGAGGGACAAACGGGAAAGAGUAACGAGUCGUCAAUCAAUGAAGAGAUUGAGUCAGUGAAUGCACCAGAGGAGAAACAAACACAUGACAAGAGCAGAGAAAACAUUACUGAGGAGGUAGAGGAGGAUGUGCAUGAAGAUGCAGAGAUAAAUGUGGACUCCUGCACGGACUCGAAAGAUAAUCAUGAAGCUUUUUCUGCAAAUGAAGACACGAAAGCGGAAGAGCCAGUCCAUGAAACACAACCGUCUCCUUCUUCAGCUAGUGUGCAACGAUCAUCUCGUCUGAAUGUGAAGACCUCGAGCAGCCGGCAGGACACACAAAGAGACGGGGAAUCAUCAGAAGACGCAACUGAAGAGAUGAAAAUGAGCAGAGCUGAUGUUUCAGUCGCCCCCUCUGUUAUAGCCAUCAAAGGAGUUGAAGGUGAUUCAGACAACAUGUCGUCCAUCAUCUUCACCUGCUCUCAGUGUCCCUUCCACACCUCAGACGAAAACAGCCCCCCUCACUUCCACAUGCAGAGCGUUCGCACUGACGAGUACAGGACUCUCUCAGGAGCAAAGUUUACUCCGUCUCCUUCCAGCACGGAUGAGAUUUUUACAUCCAUUAAACUUUUCCCCAAAGGCAACACAAAUCAGGAGCCAGAAGAGCAAUCAGACAAUCAAGACAAAGUCAACACGUCUCAGCCGCAGAGCAAGCAGAAGGCUCUCACGUGUGAGACGUGCGGGAAGACGUUCACUAGGACUUCAGAUGUCAGGAGGCACCAGCUCACCCACACCGGAGAGAGACCGUUUCACUGCUCGCAGUGUGACCGAACCUUCCAGCACUCGUGGGAUCUGGCCAAGCAUGAGAGCAAACACCACGGCGUUGACAUCUCUUUCUCCUGCCAGCAGUGCGGGAGCUCCUUCGCCAAUCUCCGCGCGCUCACCGUCCACCACAAGAAGUCUCACUCGCAGGAGAGUCAGCUGCCUCAGAUCUGCUCCAUCUGCAGCCAAAGCUUCCCCACGUCCUCUGAGCUGCUCGAGCACAGGAAGUCCCAUGUCACCAGUAAAAGCUACAUCUGCCAGCAGUGCGGCCGGGGGUUUGACUCCCUGCUAGCGCGCUCGCAGCAUCGACAGAUGCAUCAAGUGAAACGUCAGUUCAAGUGUCCCCACUGCGAGAAGACGUACACGAGGAGAUCUGAUGUGAAGCGGCAUUUGUCUACACACACGGGAGAGCGGCCGUACCACUGCAGUCAGUGCAGCAAGCGGUUCUCGCUGCGCUUCAUGCUCAUGAAACACCUCAGAGUGCACACAGGGGAGCGGCCUUUCCAGUGCUCUCACUGUCCCAAGAGGUUCACUCUCUUGUCCGUGCUGGCCAGACACGAGAGGAUGCACACGGGGGAGAAACCUUUUCUCUGCUCACAGUGCGGGAAGGGCUUCUUGUCGCAGGGGGAGCUUUCAAAACAUCACAGGUCACACGUGGACGACCGGCCUUACCCCUGCAAUCAGUGCGACAAGCGCUUCAAGAGCAAGAAAACCCAACAAGAGCACAUCAUUUCCCACUCAGGCGCUCGCCCGUACCCGUGCACCUUCUGCGGGAAGGGCUUCACGAAGCCGUACGCACUCACCAGACACAACCUGAUCCACACGGGGGAGAGACCGUUCCCCUGCGGACACUGCGAGAAGUCGUUUCUCACUCUCAGCGAGGCGCAGCUGCACCAGCGCAUCCACACAGGCGAGAGGCCGUAUCCCUGCGGCGUCUGCGAGCUCAAGUUCAAGAGCUCGUCGGAGCUGGCGCGACACAAGCGCAGCCAUUCAGGGCUGAGGCCGCUGAAGCCGUACUGUGAGAAGUGCAUGAAGACGUUUGCAUCUAAAGCAAAGCUGAAGAAACACAUGGAGACGCACAGACAGGAGGGAGACGCUGCACGGUCUGUGGACACCACACAGCCUGAGGAAUCACAUUAAAUCCCACAAAAGACUUCAGUUUGUGGUGAUGAUAAAAGAAGUUGGACAUGUUUUCAUCAGGAGAGAAAUGUUUGUUUGCUGCUACUUGACAAAUCACUUUAACACUUCCAGCUUUAACCUCUUUUUCCAACUUUCUUCCAACAAUUAUGUUUACUUCCUUAAACGUGCUUAUUUGAAAUAAAGAUCAGUGUUUAAAUUAA